UUCUGUCAGAAAGUUUCCACGUGUUCACUCAUUGGUCCUCGGUACAAAUAUCUUCUUGGCAUCUCUCUCCUUACUUUUUAGGACUGUUUUUCUGGCUCUGCUUUUGUUAUUCGUACUCCUUUGUUGUCGUUCGUUUCUCUUCCACUAAUUAAAGAGCCAUGAAAAUUGCCAAGGGCAAGGGGACAGCAAGGACGGAAAAGAAGGAAGUAUUACUCCCGGUUGAGGACAGGAAGAUUGGAAAGCGAAAGGCAGCUCUAAAGGCUAAUGAGAGUAGCAAGAAACGAGUCAAGAAAGAAAAAAUCACCAAGAAGGACCCUAACAAACCCAAAAGGCCUCCUAGUGCUUUCUUUGUUUUUCUAGAAGAGUUCAGGAAGGUAUACAAACAAGAGCACCCCAAUGUGAAGGCUGUGUCAGCUGUGGGGAAAGCCGGAGGAGAGAAGUGGAAAUCCUUGUCCGCUGCAGAGAAAGCUCCAUAUGAAGCUAAAGCAGCAAAACGAAAAUCAGACUAUGAAAAGCUAAUGACAGCUUACAAUAAAAAACAGGAUACGGAUGAUGGUGAUGAUGACGAUAAUGACGAUGACAACAUCGAACAAUCUCACAAGUCCAAAUCUGAAGUCAAUGGCCAAAAUGACGAGAGUGAUGAGGAGGAUGAGGAUGACGAUGGUGACGAUGAUGAUGAAGAUGACUGAUCAAGUGGGCAUGUGGGCUGAUUAGGCUUGUGAUUGAUCCAGGCCAAAAAUCCUAGACUUUGUAAGUGAUACGUUCAGGUUAUGUCAUGUCUGUGGUGGUGGUUUUCUGAAACGGGCCGAAGUUUCUCUGCUCUCGGUGCUGCCAAGCAGUCAUGUAAGGUUUACUCGUAUAUUUACCACGCGUGUAUCUAACUAUCUCAGUUGAAUCAUUAAUGGAUUCUGAGAACUAAAUGCGUCAUGCUUUUGUAUGCUAUCUGGGAAUUCAGUAAUGUUUGAAGAAGAAAAGCAAUCAAUAGAAUUUAUGUUUUGUAAA